GUGACGUAGUUCCGGCGGAGGCGUGUCCUCUCCCGGAAGUGCCCGUAAUCCCCACCCCCGGGCGCCUGCCGGCUGCUUGGGAGCCUCAACAUGAGCGUCCUCGCGAAGGCCGGCGCGAGGUCGCUGGGCAGAGCGGUCCUUCCCUGCCUUUGGAGAGGGAGAUACCUCAGCUCCGGGAAGGAGCCCGCAGGAAACCAGCCGGUGACGCCGAUGCUGCGGCACCUCGGGUAUAAAAUCAAGGCUACCGGGCCCAUCACUGUGGCCGAGUACAUGAAGGAGGUCCUGACCAACCCGGCCGAGGGAUAUUAUGUGCACCAUGACAUGCUAGGAGAGAAAGGAGAUUUCAUUACUUCACCUGAAAUAAGUCAGAUCUUUGGGGAGCUGCUAGGGAUAUGGUUUAUUAGCGAAUGGAUGGCCACGGGAAAAAGUGCAGCUUUCCAGCUGGUGGAACUGGGCCCAGGUCGGGGUACCCUUGCAGGAGAUAUUUUGAGGGUGUUUAGUCAGCUUGGAUCUGUGCUAAAAAACUGUGACAUUUCAAUACAUCUAGUAGAGGUGAGCCAAAAAUUAAGUGAGAUUCAAGCAUUAACUUUGACUGAAGAGAAGAUCCCAUUAGAGCGAAGUGCUGGAUCCCCAGUAUAUAUGAAAGGUGUUACUAAGUCUGGGAUUCCAAUUUCCUGGUACCAAGAUCUGCAGGAUGUUCCAAAAGGGUACAGCUUUUAUCUUGCACAUGAAUUUUUUGACGUUCUUCCUGUGCAUAAGUUUCAGAAAACCCCGCAAGGAUGGCGAGAAGUACUCAUUGAUAUUGACCCACAAGUUUCUGAUAAACUGAGGUUUGUUUUGGCGCCUUGUGCCACCCCAGCAGAAGCCUUCAUACAACAUGAUGAAACAAGGGAGCAUGUGGAAGUGUGUCCUGAUGCUGGCGUUAUUAUUCAGGAACUUUCUCAACGCAUUGCACUUACCGGAGGCGCUGCACUGAUUGCUGAUUAUGGUCACGAUGGGACUAAGACAGAUACCUUCAGAGGAUUUUGUGGCCACAAGCUUCAUGAUGUCUUAAUUGCCCCAGGAACAGCCGACCUAACAGCCGAUGUGGACUUCAGUUAUUUGCGCAGAAUGGCACAGGGAAGAGUGGCUUCUCUGGGUCCAAUAAAACAACAAACGUUUUUAAAAAAUAUGGGCAUUGAUGUCCGUCUGAAGGUUCUUUUAGAUAACUCAGCUGAGCCAUCAUUGAGGCAGCAGUUACUUCAGGGGUAUGAUAUGUUAAUGAAUCCUGAGAAGAUGGGAGAAAGAUUUAACUUUUUUGCCUUGCUGCCUCAUCAGAGACUUCAAGGUAGAAGCCAUCAGAUGAAUGCACGUCAGUCAAAACCUUCCCCAUCACCUGUGGCUGGAUUUAGUGAACUUGCUUGGCAGUGAUAUUUCAGUUUGGACUUUUUGCCCCCAAGUCUGCCUAAGAAACCAAAAUAAAGGGAACACAUUUCAUGUAUCACAGGUAAAAUAAGUAUUUUAUCUCUUCACAGCCAAUAAAAAUAGCCCAUCUUAUAUACAAUACAACUAAACACUGAUCUUUUAAAGUAGUUUUAACUCUGGGAACAAAUGUGUGUUCUUACAUAUGAAACAAGUUAUUGUGAAACUGAGUUUCCUUUAACUAAAUAAAGCUAGUUGCUAUGUUUUUAUUUCAAAAAGUAAACAUGAA